UUAUUAUUUACACCACUUGGUUUUCACACAGUUAUUCCACACACACUCAAACCCUAACCAAUCAAAUUUUAACUUAAACAACAAUGAAUUGAAGAUACUUCUUUUUCCAACAUAAACCUUAAUUCCCAUACAUCUUUGAACUGCCAUGAGCUCCAGACCACUAAAUUUGAACCAAAAACAUCAUAACAAAUACACCAAAGAGGAAAAUGCAAUGGAAGAUUCAGAAACAGACAGUAAGGAGUCAGAUGCAGGUGGAUCAGGUGGAGAGGAAAAGUCUUGGAUUUCAUGGUUUUGUAGACUACGUGGAAAUGAGUUUUUAUGUGAAGUUGAUGAGGAUUAUAUCCAAGAUGACUUUAAUCUAUGUGGUUUGAGCAAGCUAGUGCCAGAUUAUGAUAAUGCACUUGACUUGAUAUUGGAUAUCGAGUCCUCUGAUGAUGAUAAAGUUUCAGAGAAACAAGUUGAAGAUAUUGAGUCAGCGGCAGAGAUGCUUUAUGGUCUAAUACAUGCAAGAUUCAUCUUGACAACUAACGGAUUGGGUGCCAUGCUCAAGAAGUACAAACUCUCGGAAUUUGGUUAUUGCCCAAGGACCUACUGCUGUGCUGAGUGUUGUCUUCCUAUUGGCCAAUCGGAUCAUUGUGGUCAAAGCAAUGUAAAACUUUACUGUCCCAGAUGUCACGAUAUUUAUAACCCUGGAUCCAAGUUUCAAGACAAGCUUGAUGGAGCGUAUUUUGGAUCAACGUUCCCUCACCUGUUCCUGCUAACGUAUAAACACCUGAAACGGGAAAAUACACCGUUGGACAAUCCUAAAUAUGUUCCCAGAGUGUUUGGCUACAAAGUUCACAACCCAUGACACCAUCUCAAAUCUUCAAAGUGUCAUGUGGUCAGCUAGCUAUGUAACAUAAAAGGUUAUCACCUUGAUUUUUUUAGGUAUUUCUAUUUAGUUUUUGAACUUUUUAGCUAUUUUCUAUUUUUUGUUCCUUUUAGGAAGCUUAUACCUUGCAGUUUAUUUGGAAACAUAGGGCACAGCUCUCCUUUUUUUUACUCCGAAUUUGACACUAUAUAUUGUUGUACA